AUGGCGUCUCGGCCCGACAGCGGCCCGACGCGCUCUUCCUGCACGGCGCCCGCAUCCCCCGGCACGUCGUCCAUGUCCUCACGCUCUAGUGAUGAUACCCCUCACCUCCACGAGCCGCUGGCGCCGCCCGUGAACUCGUUCGCGAACGCCAGCACGACGACCAAAGCCCUGACGCCUCACCGCCAGCUGGGCGAGCUGCUGCGCUCGAUCGACCCCAAGUACUGCUUCCAUCCCGCCGUCGAGGAGCUGUUGCUGGACAUGGCGUCUGACUUUGUACAGGACGUGGUCGAGUUUUCGGGACAACUGGCGAAGCACCGGCGGUCGACGACCGUAGAGCCGCGGGACCUGCAGUUUUGUCUCGCCAAGAACUAUGGCAUCUCGCUCGCGGGUGUCCUGCCGACGGCAACUAGUGGCGCCAAGUCGGCCUCAGCACUGAGGCCAUUGGGUCAGGACCUGCUCGUGCGGGCUCGACCAGCAAAGAGCUCGUUGCACAUGCAUCGAAUGGCGCGAAAGCGCACCUCGGUGCUGCACACGAAAACGAAGCUCAAGACCGCGCAGGCAGUGAAAGCUACGGAAGGCAGCAGGAAGGUCGUGUGCAAGGCGAGUAGUGUCAGCAAGUAG